AUGAAUCCUCACCGUUCGCAUCAGCAUCCUGGACCGGGGCCCGUGCAGAACGCCAGCAUGGGCGAAGUGAGUGCGGGAGGCGCAGCGAUGGCCAAUCAUCGGUUUGAGGCCGACAAGCAGGCCUGGGAGGAAGCGCUCCGCACCUACACCGGGCCCGAUCCACUCGAUCUGUGGUUCAACUACAUCAGCUGGUACGAGCAGAACCGAUCGUACGAUCGCGCGAACAAUCUGCGACCGAUCCUGGAGAAGUGUCUCUCCCAGUAUCAGGACAUGGAGAGCUACAAGCAAGAUAUACGGCUCGUGAAGCUUUGGAUGAAAUUCAUCGAUAUGCAAACGGAACCGCCCGCCUGGUAUCAGAUGCUGUACAACAAGAAAAUCGGAACACAGUGUGCCAGCUUCUACAUCGGCUGGGCGCACUACUGUGAUGCGGCGAAAGCAUUCAAACAGGCCGAAUCGAUCUACAAUCUCGGCCUUCAGAUGAACGCCCGGCCAAUGGAAGAGCUGCAGGAAGCACAAAAGAACUUUCGCCUCUCGUUGGCCGGGCGAAUGCUAUACAAUGAUCCGUUGUCAAAGAAGCGGUCGGCAAGUACAUUGGUUGAGCAGAGACAGCAAAUCAUUUCGUUAAGUCCGCCACAGAAGAGGGUGCGUCACGAAUCAGGAGACUAUCUGCCACACCAGGAAUCGGAAGGAGCCCCGUCGCAUUACGUUUCGCCGACUGCCGGUGCAGAUUGUGUGCAACAAACGCGAUCGUCUGGCUCGUUUGCUAAUGAAGCUAAUUACUAUCAGAAUCAACAUCAGCAGCACCAGCAACGGAUUCCAGCACAGGCUGUUGUUGUUGCUUCGGGGCAGAUACCGAUGGCUCAACCGCAAUCCCAUCAUCCGCUUCACUCGUCGGCUACAAAUACAGUGGUUGAAUCGUCGGAUCACUAUCACCACUACCAGCAGCAGGAAAAGCACAAUGGGACUUAUUAUACAGCAAACGGCAGUCUGCACGAAGCUGCACCAACAGCGCCUGUAACCCAGCAUAAUCCGCAGCCUCCAUCGCAGCCAGGCUAUCAAUCUCACCCCGCGCCGGAGGAUCCAGCAGCCCGUGGGGCGGCAGCGACUGAAAGUGUUCCAGCGAUAGAAUAUACGUCAUCCGAAGAUAGUAUCAUCGAAUGUAAUCUCAACAACUCGGCGUACGUGAUCAGUUCUUCGCUGAGCUACGUCUACGAUGAUACUGAUCUACACCAGUACGCUCUUCCAACGCCGGCGGAGGAUCAGCCGUCGACCUCGCCUGAAGUACAACAAGGUGAACGGAUGGCACCCGUUCCGGCACCGCCCUCGGAUGCCAUCAGAUUGCCGGUGGGCUUUGUGCGUGAAGCAUACACGAACCACGAAACGUGGGACGUGCCGCUGUGCCUCGAAGAACCGUACGAUCCACAGCGCCGCUGCUACUAUCCGAAGCACCUUGUCUAUCCGGAUCUCCACGCCGAGCGACCCACGAUGGAAUUCUCGCUUGAGGAGAUCCGUGCCCGCGGAUGGUAUCGCAGACGCCAGGAACAGGACGAGCAGCGGAUGGUGGAGAAAGCGCGAAUGUUGCAGCACGAGAAAGAGAAAAAGAUGCGCCAAAUACAGAUGCAACAAUACGAACAGCAACAAAUCUACCAACAGCGGCAACAGCAACAGCAACCGCACCAGCAUCAGCAACAUCACCAUCGACAGCAGGAACCGCAGCAGCAGCAGCAGCAGCAGCAGCAGCAGCAGCAGCAGCAGCAGCAGCAGCAGCAGCAGCAGCAGCAGCAGCAGCAGCAACACAUCGGUUUUCAGCAUCAAUCGCGUCAAGGCCCGAUACAACAUACAAGCAACUUUUAUCACCAGCAGCAACAGCAACCACACAGUCCGUAUCACCAUGGAUACAGCAAUGGUUAUCCUGCGACCGCCAGCGCUCAGUCGCAGCAUUCGCCCCAUUUGACUCCGACCAACUAUCAUCAGCCGACGGUGAUCCAAAAUCAACAACCGCCAGCGGCUCCGUCGCCAUCGGUACCGAUGCAUUCACCCUCGCCUAUGCAUUACGCCGCUCCGCAACAUCAGCAGCAGCAUCAAUAUUCUCACACAAACCAUCUACCACACCACUCACCACAAACGCCGUACUCGCCGCAGCCGCACGGUCAGUACGAGGGAUAUAAUCACCAAAGUUAUGCUGCUCCGAGGGCUGCCGCGCAUCAUCGGUCUUACCAGACGAUGCCAAACGUACACGCGUAUGAGUCGCACAGCCCCGCGCACCAUAUGCCGCACCUUACGCAACCGCAACAGUCGAGACAACAGACGCAUCAUUACGCUAUGCAACCACAAACGCGACCAAUCACACCACAAUCUCCGUACGCGGUUCCGGCCAGCAUGGAAAUGGUUCCUCAGCCACAGCAAACGCCUAUCUGUAGACCUCCAUUAGCUCCUCCGCAGCAGCAGCACUACCAUCAUCAGCAACAGCAGUACAAGACACAACACGCGAAUCAUGUUCAUCAUCAGCAUCAUCAUCAGGAGCAGCAACCGCAGCAUGUACUUCCAACGACCAGCGUUCCCGCAAUGCACCACCAGCAACCGACCGCUGUUGCCGCUGGUGCUGUGAAUGGCAGUACUGCAUCUUGGCACCAGCAUACAACAAACAUCAACAACAACGACAGCACCAACAGUGGCAAGUACAGCAACAACUGUGACGACUACGAGGAGCAGAUCGAAGCGUCGACGAUACGCUUUUCUACCUCCACGGAGAACGGGACCAGCAAAAGCAAAACCAUUACUAUCAAGUUCAAAAAGGAAAAGACGGCCCCGGUGACGAAUUCGUACACCCUUUCGAGCACCGGUGAGGCGGAGCACCGCUCAAAUGGUAGCCAAACGAGUGGCUCGACGGAUCCAGCGGCGACGACUCACAGCGUCGUGGUAGUACCUCCUUCGAAGAAACACUCGAAACACACGAAACCCUUGCUUGGGCUGGAGUUGGCAGCAACCGAUGCGGAGGAACUAUCUCCACCGACCGGCAACGGUGGUCAUCAUCGAUCGCGUGUUGGUAAAAGUAAGUCAGGCAGUAAAGCGUCCCGAGGAAAGCAACACUCGAAGAAAGGCUCGAAAGCAGCUGCCGGAGACGAUCUCGAUGUUACGCUGUUGCCAGAGUCUGUCCAGGAGACGAACAAUCGCAUCGAUGAUGCUAAUCUGCUUCUUUCGCUGUCGCACUCCGGUGAGAAAGAUGAAGAUUCGUCUGUUUCGCUCCCUUCGCAGCCGAGUUUGGUCAAGCGAACGAAACCAUCCUCGAAACGAUCCAAGACGAUUCGGAAUGCUGCUGGUGUGAAGCAUAAUCGGCGACACUUUGUGGUGUACGACGAUGACGACGACGAGGAGAACGUGGACGGAGACGUUGAGGAUGAGUAUUCGGAGGAAGACGUUCGGAAUGAUGAAGUUGAUGAUGCAGGAGUGCAGGAUGCUUUCUAUGGACAGGAAGAGGAAAGAAUUAGUGACGAUGAUGAUGAUGAUGACGAUGAGAACGAGUAUUACGCCAUAGAGGAAGAUCAGAGUGGCGAAAGUCAGCGAACCGUGCGCGGUAAUGGAGUAGUCGACCGGAAACGACUCGGACGGCCAGAAGAGGACGAUUCGUCUUACCAAUCGAAUUCGGAAUUCAACACGUCCUUUAGUAACAUUUCGUUCGCCGGUGACAACAGCAAUGGUCCGUUUACUUACACCAGUGGAGGAGGCAGCGUCUGUUCGACACCGGUUCGUCGUACGCAAACAUCGGUUGGUGGUGGCACUGGGGGUUUCUCGAAAACUUCUACCCCGAUCGGUUCGUUCCGCUAUCUGCGAAAGCACGAGUCGAAUCUGUCGAACCUUGGCCAGAACGAGGACUCGAUGAACUCAACGGUGGCCGAGGGUAGCUUCUUCCAGGCAGAAAACGACGAGGAAGCGCAGCGCCGACGGCUCGAGAAGGCCCUCGCAACGAUCGAUACUCACCUGUCGAAGGCAUUCCUCGAUCCGUUCAAUAAUGAGUUGUGCCGGGCGUUCCUGACGAAGGUGGACUUUCCAUCGCACAGCAAAGCACAUCCGGCAGACUAUACUAUCACCGACACGAACCUGCCGAAGCUGGUGAAGGGUCAAUCGGUACCCCUUGGUGGUACGGUGUACAGCAUCGAGAAGGAGGUCGGCCGCGGUUCGUACGGUUCCGUGUUUCGUGCGGUGAACACCCAGAACGGCGGUGUGGUGGCUAUCAAGUACCAGAAACCGGCCAACACCUGGGAGUUGUACGUCUGCACGGAGGUGAAGAAACGGCUGACCAAUGUUACUGUGCUUCCCGGGUUCAUGGACAUCUGUGCCGCUGUGAUAGCACCGAACGCGAGCGUUCUGGUGUCGGAGUUUUCCCAAUACGGAUCCCUACUGGAUAUCAACAACAAGAUACGGACGGCGACAACGAAAGUUAUGCACGAGUCCCUUGUGAUGCACUUUAGCAGCCAGAUUCUGUCGAUCGUGGAGCAUCUACACGCCUGCAACAUUAUCCACGCCGACAUCAAACCGGAUAAUUUUCUUCUGAUGAAAAUACCUUCGCUCGAUCUGGAAGCACCAACGAUCAGACUGAUUGACUUCGGCUGUGCCAUUGAUAUGAACUUUUUCGAACCAAAGCGACAAUUUAAGAAGGUCAUCCAGACGGAUGGAUUCACAUGCAUCGAGAUGCUGGAAGGGCGACCGUGGUCGUUCCAGACCGAUCUCUUCUGUGUGGCCGGCACGAUCCACGUGAUGCUGUUCGGCGAGUACAUGCAGCUGGUGAAGAAGUACGAGUGUGGCUGGGACAUCAAACAGAAACUGCCAAGGUACCUAAAGAAGCACGUAUGGACGGAGGUGUUCCAAAAGUUGCUCAACAUCAAGGACAUCGACCACAUGCCAAACUUGUCCGAGCUGCGCAAACUGAUCGACAACGAAGCGUACAACAUGGAAUCGGAGCUGCUUAAGCACAUUCGUACGCUUUCGAACCUGCUGAAAAGCCGAUAGGGUAUACUCUGUCACCGUCCUGCCGUUGGACCCUGCUUCGUAUGUUUGUUUGGUGCUUUUUUGUUUCUCUCAACCUGCCACACACCGAAACAGGCGAACGGGCAGCAGUUUUGUAAGGCACCUCUACUUCACUCUACUACUGCUAGUACUAUCACUAUCACUACUAGCAUUGCGAAGAAUUCAUCGAUCAUCAUUCGAUGCUACUUUAGUUAUCGAUUGAACAGGCGGUUUUUCGAUGACUUCCGGCGAAGUUUUCGAUUGGUACUAGGUAGUGUAGCACAGUACAAGAUAAGAUUAUAGGACCUAGACCUGUCGUCUCCACAAGGCUUAUACGCCCUCCUGUAGAUUCACGCUACGAGAAACGACCUCGUAAAAUUGUAUAGGAUGAAUUCUGUUUUGCUAUUAAGAAAAAAAAACAUUAUAUUCCAAAGAUUAAUUCGAUUUCCUUACAAAGUCCUUAUUAUGCUCAUUUGUAUUCGUUAUGUGUUGGCAACAUGCUUCGCUGGCCAAUUUGACGAAGGUUUUAUAUUGCAAUUUAACAGCACGAACCCCAUCGUACGUUAUUUUAAUGCUAGCGGCAAAGAAAGUGGUUCUAAAUUACGGUGUUGGUCAUUGGUUCUGGUUGAAGUAGACGUUUGAUGACGCACCAUUCACGAACGAGCGUGUUGCACAGGUUUAGUUUUGGUUUUUUGUGUGUGCAGAACUCUGCUGUUUAUUUGAUGCACCACCAGUGGCGAUACUAAGACCGACAACCGAUGUGAACUCACUUCCUAGUGUCUCUAGGUUUCGUGCUAUGAACGGCGCGUGCACGUAAAAGGUGUCCAUGCGUCCAUUGCUAUGGGAAAAUUUAUUCUCAGUAUCUUAAAUUAUACCUUAUUGUAAUUAUUGUAUUCAUUGGCGAUUAGAGUAUUGUACAUAACGAAUGCCCGCUAGCAAAAAUCUAUAUAUCGCUGUGGAGCAACUAGCAAGUGUGAAUGCGAAAGCGAACGUGUGUAAAAACUUACGAUAGAAUUGCGAAACUAUGAAAUGGAAAACGGAAUUACGAAACGAAACCUGAAAACCCCGGAGUGGUACCUCGAUUCACUGUGUCUGUCCUUUGCAGAUAGCUAGUUAUCCUGCCACAUCUCCGAGUGCGGCGUGUGCAGGCGGCAAAGCCCAUAUAUUUGUGCAAGGGAGGACGAUUCGAAUGAAGAAUCGGUUGAGAGAGAAAUAGAAAAGAGUGACAACGUUGCGUAGUGUAACAAAAAACAAAAGUUAUAUA